UUGCGUGAUUACUUCGAUGUGUAACGUAUUUAUUAGCUUGGUGGUAGAGCUUGAUUCGCUCAACAACAGUAUUAUUGACAAAGAAUACCACUGUUUUUCUUUUGGCUUUGAUAUUUUGCAUCAAUUGACUGAUUAAUCGGCGAGUAACAACUACCAUUGAUGGAGAUGUUUUCGUUUUCGGCUUGGUUUUCAUUCGACGGCUUGAAUUUGGGAGGAUGGUGAGAGUUAGCGUGUUGAAUGAUGCUCUCAAGAGCAUGUACAAUGCAGAGAAGAGGGGAAAGCGACAGGUCAUGAUCAGGCCGUCGUCGAAAGUGAUCAUCAAGUUUCUUCUAGUCAUGCAGAAGCAUGGCUAUAUUGGGGAGUUUGAGUAUGUUGAUGAUCACAGAUCUGGCAAGAUUGUGGUUGAAUUAAAUGGAAGGCUGAACAAGUGUGGGGUUAUAAGUCCACGCUUUGAUGUCGGUGUCAAAGAGAUUGAAGGCUGGACUGCCAGGCUGCUUCCUUCAAGACAGUUUGGGUAUAUUGUACUGACCACUUCUGCCGGAAUCAUGGAUCAUGAAGAAGCAAGGAGAAAGAAUGUUGGUGGCAAAGUACUUGGGUUCUUUUAUUAAACGGAGUAUUAAAGAUCCAUUUUGGAAUUUUGGAUUAUUGGCUGAGCGGUAUCUUUAAUUUCCUUGAAAAUAGAAAGUAACUUAAAAACGACGUGAUUUCUUCCAAAUUAUCAUUUCAGUUUUGUACUUGCAUUUUUUAUUUUGGUUUAAUGUGAUGUUGCUGCAAGUUUGAUAUGUUUAGUUGAUGGAACUGAUAGUUCUGUCGUAUUGUUUUUGGAGUUUUUGUCA